GAAUAGAUGGUGCUACGGUAGGUUACGAGGCUGCUUAGAUGAUCUUUCCGAGUAACUAACCUGUCGGAGGUAGUAAAACUAAUAUUACGACAACAUGUACACAAAGAUAUACAUAGCAUACGUACAUAGAACUGAAAAGGCAAAAGAUUAAGAGAAGAUUUUGUUGCUUGUGUAUCAGAAUAUUGUAGUAUGACUGAUGAAAUUAGAGACAGUUUCCAUUAACAUAGUGGUAUAAUAAAAUAAUUGAGUGAAUAAAUAUUAAUAAUAAUAUGGAGUCAUUUCUACGAUAUUGUAAGAAUUACUUGAGGUGUUUGAAUCAGUUUACAGAAGUUCAUGUUGUAUUGGGUAAUGAGUCUGCUGACCUAGACUCGGCUGUAGCCACUCUUGUCACAGCACUGUUUCUUUAUCAGGGUAGAUCGGGACUGAACCAUGUUGUGUUGCCAGUACUUAAUGUUUUGAGGAAAGAUUUCAACCUUCGAACAGAAGUUAAUUAUUUUCUAAAGGAUGCUAAUAUUUCACCUGAUCUUUUGAUCUUCAAGGAUGAAAUUGAUUUAGAAAAGCUCAAAAAAGACAACAAAUUGUUCUUGAUAUUGGUGGAUCACAACGUCUUGAGCCUUGAGCAGCAGCUACUAGAAGAUUCAGUUGUACGGGUCAUAGAUCAUCACAAACCCGAGUCCAAGGACAGAGGAGAGAGAUGUGACACAACAAUUGAAAUGGUUGGAUCAUGCUGCACAUUGGUGGCAGAAAAACUGUUUAAUACAAAUCCUGAUAUAAUUGACAAGCAAGUUGCCAUGCUUUUAUAUGGCACAAUUCUUCUAGACACAGUAUGUUUAUCACAGGAAGCCAAAAGAUUAACAUCAAAAGAUGUUGAAAUGGUAACAAAACUUGAAACUGUUUUGGAGGAUGUUAAAAGGGUGGAGAUUUUUGAAGCAUUACAGAAGGCAAAGUUUGAUGUUUCAGGUCUAACUGUUAAUGAAAUGCUUAGGAAAGAUCUGAAAGUGAUUGAAGGAAAUGGUUUCAGAAUUGCAAUAUCUUCUAUACCAGGCCCUCUGGAGGAUCUAGAAGUAAAACCAAAAGUAAGAGAUUAUUUGGAAGAAUUUCUUACACAAAAUAAUUACCAUGGCUUGGUGAUAUUGGCUGUUUCCUUUGAUAAUAAAACAGGGAAGGUCCAAAGACAAACAGCUGUGUAUUCAACAAAUCCAGUGAUUAAAGAACAGAUAGUGGCCACUUUGCAAGUUGCUGAAGAACCACAAUUGGAAUUGAAACCUCUAAAUGUAAGAGUAGCUGAUCUAGUGUGCUUCAGUCAAGGAAAUGUAUUAGCAUCAAGAAAAGUUCUACUCCCACUGGUACAAUCUGUUAUCCAAGACCCAUCUUUCAGUAACCAUGUAACCAAAGCCCUUAAAGUUGAAGCAGAAAUACCAUCAGUUUUUGUGGGCUGUUUCUCAUCUGCUGAAACAAAAGAUGAUCUUGGAGAUUUUGACCCACUUUCCCCUGAAUUUGGAGAAAGUAAUACAAACAGCCCCUACAGCGGUUCUGCUAGUGCCACACCUGCUCUUAGCUUGGGAAUUGCAGGAGAACCAUUAAGUUCUCAAAGCUCAUCAACACAAAACUCUUGUCCAUACACACCUCAGAACAGCUUUGUAGAUGAUUCUUUUGACUUAAAUAAUGCUAUGAUGAAGCAUUCAUCCUUUCUUCCUAGCUUCAAUAGCCGAGACAUGGUUGAAAAAAUUGAAAAAAAACGAGGAAAACUGGCUGGAUUUGACCGAGAAUGUGAAGCGUCAGGAAUGAGAGGCCUUUCUUUCACACCAAAAAAUAGUUUUGCUGAUUGCAGUUUAGAUUUAUAUGAACCACCCAAGGUUUUAACAAUUGAGUCUAAUGAAUUAUUAGAGAAAGUGCGGGAGAAGAAGGCUUCACUAGGUACUCAUCAACAAUAUCCUGAUGAAUUUCAGCAAGAUAAAAACUUAUUGAAUGUGGAAGAAAAAGUCAGCCAUCUUUUUUUGGAGUUAAAUACUGCAAACAGGAGUGAAGAUUCUUCAGAUGUAUCAGUUGGCGAAAUUUCAUUUGAUACUAGUAAAUCAUGUUCUCCUGGAGAAGUCAGUAAUGGCUCAGAAGUGCAACCACCUGAGAACAUACACGAAUGAAACAAGCUUUGUUCUGAACAGACACUGAAGUAAGUGUCUAUUUAAGCAUUGAUGCUUAAAAUAGUGAUGUUUGGCAGAAAAUUAUAGUAUUUGCUAACCAUCUUUGAAAAAAAAAAGAUGUUUUAUGCUUCACCAUCUUAAAGAAGAAAUAAAUAAGCUACAGCUUAACAUUCAUUCAUAUUUCUGAAAUUGAAUUGAUGAAGUAAGUUUCAAAGUGCUGUUGAUAAGUUCUCCCUUUUACCGGUGAUUUUAAAGAAUAGGGAAGACCAUCCUUUAAAAGUAAUUGAGCUAAGAGUUAAUGAAAAGUUAUCAAAGUUUCUUUGUGCUUUUUUUGUUAGUCAAUAAUUAAUGACAUAAGAUAACUUACUGUUAUUGUUGUUUGUUUUUUACUUAAUAUUAAAAUGCAUCAAGCAUGACAUACAAUGCUAAUAUGCUAAGUAAGGUUUUUAGCUCAAUGUGGCAUAAGACGUUCUGCCCUAUACUGCUGCAUCUUGUUAGCUUGAACUUUAGAUACAACAUAUACACAUGUGUAUAAAUACAUGUUUGUAUUGAAUAUAUAUGUUUAACAACAAUCACAUUAAGUAAUUUUUUGAAUUUUCUUCUUUACUAAAAUGUUCAACUUUUUAAAUUCUAGACAUGUAGUAGUUAUGAACCUGUUUGAUAUUUGUUGAGAUGACAAAUACGUGAUGGAAUAGACGAAAAAAUAUAAGUGCAGUUUCUUGUGAACAAGUGAAAAUAAAUUUCACUUAAAGUACCUAUGUGUAUGUUUUGAGUUAAGGUUAUUCCAUUAUUGGAAUUUUAUUUCAUCUUUAGAUUUUAAAACUGGUAGUGAGCAUCUUUUUGGUUAUGUAACAUUAAAUUAACCAAAGUAGUGCAUAGGAAAGUUUGCUGCUACCAAAUAACAUUUUUAUUAAACAUUAUUAGACUUAUAAGUAUGCUACAGGAUUAGAUUAACUUAGUUUUUGUUAGUUCAGUAUGAUUUAUUGUUUAUGGUUUUUAUUAUUAUUUUAAUUUUCUCAAUAUCAAGUAUUUAAACCUGCAUAUUAAUGAUUUCCCUUGAGUCAGGCCACAGAGACAUUGUAUUCAUGCUAGAGAUAACGUUAUGACUCAUUUGUUAUUUUUGUAUUCAUGCUAGAGGUAAUGUUAUGACUCAUUUGUUAUCUUUGUAUUCAUGCUAGAGGUAAAGUUAUGACUCAUUUGUUAUCUUUGUAUUCGUGCUAGAGGUAAAGUUAUAACUCAUUUGUUAUUUUUGUAUUCAUGCUAGAGGUAAAGUUAUGACUCCUUUAUUAUAUUUGUAUUCAUGCUAGAGGUAAAGUUAUGACUCAUUUGUUAUCUUUGUAUUCAUGCUAGAGGUAAAGUUAUGACUCCUUUGUUAUCUUUGUAUUCAUGCUAGAGGUAUAUUAUGACUCCUUUGUUAUCUUUGUAUAAGAGCAUGCGAUUGGUUUAAUUUAGCCACAUUUUAAACUACACUGGUAUUGUUGUUUUUUACAGUGUGACUUUUAAUGUUACUUGCAGAUAUACUAUCAUUUAUAGAAAAAAAAAAUGCAGUUAUUGGACUUCCCCUCCACCAAACUUAAUAUAGUAUUAUUCUGAAAGAUCAUUCAUAUCACUUUGUUUUAACAUCGUGAUUAUAUUAUCUAUUACUUGCAGAUGUGUGUGUGUAUGUGUGUAUACCACUGCUUAAUUUAUUUUGGAUUUCUUCAGAUCUGAGGUCUGGAACUAAUUUGUUUCUUUUUGUUAUCUAAAGGUAGAAAUAUUAUAAUUGUGUUGAAGACUGCCUUGGUGGUUCUGUUGUAAAUUGAUAUUUGACUUAUACAGUCAAUCACAGCUCCAACUAAAACAGUAGCCUCAGUAAUAUUUAAGUUAUUAUCCUUCUUUUUUUUCUAGAAAUUAAGCACUGGUGUUUAUGACUGUAUUUAUGUAUGAUAUUGUGAAAAGUAACCAUUAUAAACACACAUCUAUAUUGAUGUCUGUAUAGAAGUCUCAGAGUCGUAACGUAACUUCUUGAACAUACAUUAGUCUUAAUAAUUUUUAUAUAGAGGUAGAUUAUACUUAGCAUCUCGUGCUCUUAUGCUGUACAGUAUGUAUGUAAACCUAAGUGGCCUAAGUUUAUAUUACAGUUUUAAAAGUACUUAGUAGAACUGUAUUUUUUGUAAGGAUAACUUGUAUUUGAACACUGUACUAAAUACCUAUUCAUUUUAGAACGUCAGCAUUAUCAAACACUACAUGCAUCAGUGAGCAAUGUGUAUGAUUCAGUUAGAAUCACCAUUGUACCAAAAUAACCAUUUAAGUUGAAAAUGUGAACCACACUCUAACCAGUGAUAUUUUCAAAGUAAAGUAAUUAAUUAUAAUUAAAACUUCUAUUUUGAUAAAGGCAAACAAAAAUCACUAUAAUAGUAUCCUUACCAACACAGUGUUUUAUUUUUGGUUGAAUUGAGAUACCAACCUUCAUACGAACUCAGCCACAAUAUGUAUUUAGUUGUUGUGUUUAAACUACAAUCACUGAUUUAGUCUUCCUAUAACUUUGUUCUAUUCAAGCCAGAAACUUAUUCUAGUCUUUGAAGUUACAGUAUACUUUUUAUGGGUACAUUAUUCUGUGUAAACAGAAUUUCAAUUUCAAUCCCAUUACCAUGACAGUGUAUUAUCAAGCCAACGUUGUCACUUGUGUACCAUUAUGCAGACAUCCUUUUUUUUUGUCAUUUAAUUUUACUGAUGUCUGUUAAAGCUAGACUAUCAUUAAUAGAAAAGACUUGCUUGAUUUGAAUGAUAAUUAUCUACUUGUCUACUGCAAUAGAAAAUCCAGUUAUUAAAACAUCUUGUAACAAGAGACCACUUGCAGUAAUAGAUUGUGUGUGAAGUUAAGUUAUACGCCUGAAUAAGCUAGUUAAUAAAACAAAAUAAAAAGAAAGAAUUAAGUAGAUGGAGAGGUAAUUUUGAGGAGAUGCAGUGACGAUAAACACCACGUAAAAUAUAGUGAGACAAAAAAAAAACAUUGUAGCUACAUGUGUCGUCUUCAUAGAAACUCACUGAAUGUACACUUUUUGUUUCAAUCUUGAAACACUUUAAUGUUGGGUUAAUUUAGUGAAUCCCCAGUAGCUAUUUUAUGUGUGUUUAUGUUUUUUUUUUUUGUGUGUUUAUUAAAAAACUUUAUUGGGAUUACAGAGUAAUUUUAGUAUUUAACCCCUUUAUGUGUUUAUGUGUAUCUUGACAGUGGGUUAUUAACACCUUAAUAUUUAUAAUCAGUGUGCUAGGUCAUCCACUGUACUUCCUCAGCAUCUUUUGUGUUUAUUCUAAGAUAAAUAUUUGUCUCCUUACUAAGUGUUUCUUUCAAAUAAAAACAGUUUAUAUUAGUUUCAUUAUUAAAUAAUUGGGUUAGGGUGGAGAACUACAUGUAGGAUUUAAUUACUAUUUUAGUGUGUCCAAGGCAGCUAUAUCACAUUAAUAUUAUGAUUUCAGCAUUGAGUCUUGCUGUAAAUUUUGUCAACUUUUCCUUUAACUGUUUUAGUUUAAAUAUGUGCAGCAUUACUAUAAUAAACGUGCCAGAAUAAUGUAAGCAAUGAGCAUUAAAAAAGAAAAAAAAUAUAUAUAUACAUAUAUAUAAAAAUCCAUGUUCUUUCUGAUCCUGUCUUUAUCUUCAUCUAGAGUUUGCUAAAUACAUUGAUGUGCAUAUUAAUGUAACUAAAUUUCAUGUGAAGAUAGCUAGUAGUAACACAAAUGUGUUUAGGUAAUGAGCUAAUUUCGUAAGUUGUUGUCAAAUUUAGUAAGCAUAUACACUUUCAAGUAUUCUUAUUAGAUUUAUAAAGUCGAUUGGAUUUCUAAGAAAGGCACGUAACAAGACCUCAAAUACUUGUAUGUAAUCAGGACACAUCUGUAAAGCACCUUUAAAUUGUCUGUAUGGCACAAUUAUUUGUGUUUUAACCAUAACAAGUAAAAAAAAAUACAGUUCUAUCAGUAGGUAUGUGUUAUAUCCAUAAAUAAAAAAAAAAGUAAUAACAAUUAUAUGAUCUGGUAAAACAGUAAAAAAAAUGAUCUGAAAACAAAAAAUUGUUAUUAACAUUUAGACUAAGUUGCGUCUUCUGGAACCUAAGACAGAGAAGAAAUGUGGGAUUAUUACAUGUAUAAAAGAUGGAGAGCAACACAAACAAAUUAAUAUGAAGAUGCACUUAAAAGUGUUAAUAUGAAAGGUUACAUAUAUUUCCUGGAUGACUAUGAAUCAACAGGACAUGAUAGGAAAGGAAUCUGUGGAUUGUCCAGAGAUCAUCUGCACGUGAGAGUCAUCCACAGGACAUGAUAGGAAAGGAAUCUGUGGGUUGUCCAGAGAUCAUCUGCACAUGGAGAGUCAUCCACAGGACAUGAUAGGAAAGGAAUCUGUGGAUUGUCCAGAGAUCAUCUGCAUGUGGAGAGUCAAGAGUGUUGUGUGUAGACCAAAGACAAAAGUAACAAAGCAAGCAACUCCUAAUGGUACUUCUGCAUCAUAAUAGUAUUACUACAAUGAAACAUGACUAUACUAUACUGUACGUGCCAUAGUUCACAUCCAAGCACUGUCUAUGAAACUAGCAUCGUGUAAUUGGGUAAAUUGUAAAUGUUGAGUCCUGCACAUAAAAAAAAAAACUGUUUAUAUCAAGUUUGUGUGUUGAAUCCUUUUACUACAUUACAUUUUAUUGUUCAGUUUUAUAUCAAACAUUUUACAGUAUGUAGGUCAUCAUUCUUAAAAGUUAACUAUAUCGUAUAUUAGAACUUAUUUAAAUUGUUCUCUUUUGAAAAAAAAACAAUGAUUAGAUUUUAUCAUUCGACUUAUUUUAAGCUGCAACUUUUAUAUUUAUCUUUCUGAUUUGUGAAGUGGUGAAAGUAUUUUGGCCUAAUAAUUUAAGAAUUAACAUUUGUUAAUGCUGCUGCAUUGUACCAUUUUUCUCACUACGGUUUAUUACUCUUUAUGACAAAAUACUAAAUUUUAUAUGUUUAGAUUAUUUUAAUGAUCCUUAAUACACGAGGCAAAUUUUUAUCAUAAGAAUUUCAUGCCAUCACUAAUGUUUGAAAAAUACAAAAGUUUUAAGAUUGUUGUAAUAUAAGAGUAUAAUGAAAGAGUAACAAAUAAGAAUGUUCAGUACGUGUUUGGAGUCAAAAGUUUUAUUUUUAUAUAUAUAUGUAUAGAAAUUUACAUAUAAAUUAAAGUUUUUUGGAUUAUUAGAAACCUGGAAGUUGUCAAAAGUUUAUAGUAAUUUACAGUAUAAAGGUUUGGCUUGAGCGAUGUUAAAGUAGGAUGAGUAAUUAACCCGAAUAUCCAAUAGUUGUCUUUGAUAUAAAGUGUUACAGAUAUAAGGUUAGUCUGUUUAACAUCUUUUAACUAGUAUUAUUGUGUUGAUCUUGAAUUACUGUAGAAUACAUGUAACAAGAACUUCAUGAAUAUGUAGUUAAAUAAAGAAUUUUUGUUUUUUUCACCA